GAAACAAUAUUUCGAACAGAAAGUCGAACAUCCUGCGUCAAGCAAAUGUCAAACGAUAUGUCAAUCUGUUUCUUGGCAUUGUUUACAAAAAGCUAGAAGAACGCGCCUCGAGCCGGAGAAAUAAAAGGAUUAUCGUAAAAUUGUCUUAUUUAAGAUUCACAAUGUCCCGCAAGGAAGCGCUGUCGCAAUUCAUCAACCAAAUUCACGGCCGACCCGUGGUCGUAAAGCUCAAUAGUGGCGUCGAUUACAGAGGAGUGCUUGCCUGUUUGGACGGCUACAUGAACAUUGCCCUGGACCAGACGGAAGAGUACGUAAAUGGGCAGCUGAAAAACAAGUACGGCGAUGCGUUCAUCCGCGGUAACAAUGUACUCUACAUUUCCACGCAGAAGAGAAGAGUGUAAAAGAUGAAAAGCGAACAAUGGUGAAGAAUAAAAAGCAAAACAUUUUCUUAAAAAGUAA